AUGAAGCUGGCAUACUUUUUCCUGGGCCCCAUGGCCUUCCUUUUCUUGGCUGGCUGUGGCUGUGUCCUGAGCACCUCCAGCGGGAGCCUGCGCACCUUUGUGGGCUGUGCCGUGAGGGAAUUCACUUUCUUGGCCAAGAAGCCUGGCUGCAGGGGCCUGCGGAUUACGACAGAUGCCUGCUGGGGCCGAUGUGAAACCUGGGAGAAGCCUAUCCUGGAACCUCCUUACAUCGAAGCCCAUCAUCGAGUCUGCACCUACAAUGAGACCAAGCAGGUGACGGUGAAGCUGCCCAACUGUGCCCCAGGGGUGGACCCCUUCUACACCUACCCUGUGGCUGUCCGCUGUGACUGUGCAGCCUGUUCUACAGACACCACAGAGUGCGAGACCCUCUAA